AUGGGACCACCCGCUAUCAUAGCUCCCUCGAUUCUCUCUGCCGAUUUUGGCGCCCUCGGCCCAGCAUGUUCUGGUUUAAUGAAGGACAACAGUGACUGGAUCCAUGUCGACAUCAUGGACGGUCAUUUCGUACCAAACAUCACCUUUGGACCUCCAGUUGUCUCGAAAAUCAGAACUCAUGUGGAAAGGCCGGCCAAUGCCGGCGGGAAGGGGACGUUCGACUGCCAUAUGAUGAUCGCCGAGCCCCAAAAAUGGGUUAAAGAAUUCAAAGAUGCCGGCUGCGAUCUAUAUUGCUUCCACUACGAGGCUGCUAUCAACUCUACCGCUGCCAAGGAGCCCUCUGAUACCACCACCGAGAAAACAAGCCCAAAAGAGUUAAUUCGUUACAUUCAUGAAAUGGGCAUGCAAGCCGGUAUCGCUAUCAAGCCGAGCACCGAAGUUGGCGUCCUGUGGAAUAUUUUAGAAAGCAAGGACGCAGCCGAACGGCCAGAUAUGGUUCUUGUCAUGACCGUUAACCCAGGUUUCGGUGGUCAAAAAUUCAUGGCCUCAGAGCUACCCAAGGUCGAAGCCUUGCGAGCAAAAUACCCAGAUAUGAACAUCGAAGUCGAUGGUGGACUAGGCCUUGGGACCAUAGACCAGGCAGCCGAUGCGGGAGCUAACGUCAUUGUUGCUGGAUCUGCCGUGUUCGGAGCACAGAAUCCUGCCGAAGUUAUUGCCAAACUUCGAGAGUGUGUUGAAAAGAGAAGGCAAUCUUGA